AUGUCCUCCCUGGUUCUUGAACCGCCAAUCAUGAGCAUGCAUCGCCCGGGCGGGCCGCUCGCUCAUACGAAUCCCGUCACCGAUCCUGGUGUGAACUCCAGGACUGCACCGCCUACCCCGCGUUCUGCCACGCCUGCACAACGCCAGCUCGAGGAGGCUCGCCAGGCCGCACCAACGCCCUUGCCAGGUCCCGGCACUCCUACUUUCAGCGGGAGUGCAUCACCCGGUCCGGCAGUCGUCGGUGGCCAAGUAUGCACCAACUGUGGUGCAACGAAGACCCCGCUCUGGCGUCGCGAUACCGACGGCAGGCCAUUGUGCAAUGCCUGUGGCCUCUAUCAGAAGAACAGGAAUACAUCACGCCCAACAACACUUAGCCGUCGCGGCUCGAUGCAGCCCGUCAACGGUGCCACUUCCUCAGCACCCGCCUCGCCCAAGCUGCCCUCGUCACCACUAACGAAGGUCCAUCAUUCGAACGGCACAUGUCCUGGCGACGGACGUUGCGACGGCACAGGCGGAUCCUCAGCCUGCAACGGGUGCCCCACGUUCAACAACUCGAACAAUCACGCCGAGGCACCGCAGCUGAGUGCCGCAUCAGUCACCGAUGUGGAAGCCGACCACGAGAACACCGACGGCGAGAAGAAGGCCGGCGGACUGAGUUGUGCCAACUGCAAAACUAGUACUACACCGCUGUGGCGCCGCGACGACGCAGGCAACAACAUCUGUAAUGCAUGUGGGCUGUACUACAAGCUUCACGGCACACACCGGCCAUACAGCAUGAAGAAGGCCGUCAUCAAACGUCGCAAACGUGUCCCUGCCGCAUCGGGACCUGCAGGACGCAUGUCCGAUCAAGCAGCCGCUGAGGCGCUUGUUUCAGUCGGUCGUGGUAUGCAAUCCACGGAGGACGAGGACGCGGAAGGAGAUGAACCGAAACGCAAGAAGCCAAAACGCAGUGGCGUCAGCAAGCGCAGGAAAGAUGGCUCGGACGAAGGCGAAUCUUUCGGCGCAUCGCACAUGCCAUGGGACAUACACGCACAUGGGCAAGGACUUGACUUGCCCCCGCUUGCGCACCUCAUGCCGCCUGGCCUUCCCUAUAUGGCAGGCCCGCCCGGGAUGUUCCCGAAGACGAUGUACCACGCUAUGCACACGCCUGUCCCGCCUCCGGCUUCGAGCUACGUUCGCUCUGGCUCACGCGGUGGAUCACCAGGCGCAUCUGUGACGCUCCCUCCGCCGGGCGUCUUUUUACAAGGGCAUGGCGGACGCAGCAGCCCCCUUCCCGUCCCUUCGGCCGAAGAGCUUCAGCAUCAUUACCGUGAGCUUGCGGCGCAGCGUGGAGGUCUCAUUGAGAUGCUUCAGCGCACCGACCGUCUGCUCGAGGGCGUUCGGCGCGGGAUCGAAGCAGCUGGUGCCCAGGUACCGCAACCGCUGCCUCUUCAAGUGCCCGUCCAGCCCGUCGUGCUCCCGCGCCCUCUGGGUAUGCCCGCGUCACCAUCGGGUUCUUCGUCAUCCGUACAGCCCGCUUCGUCGUCGUCGGCGCACGCUCCAGCGUCUCAACCAGCGUCAGCACCCACGCCGCAACCCGUCGUAUCACCUAUCCCUUCUCCGGCGCCAGGCUCAGCCGAGGCCAUGCCAUUACCCUCACGCGCAGCUGGCGCGACGGGUAAGAAGGAGAUAUGGCCCGUGAGCGACACUGGCGCCAGCGAGACGCGCUCUCCGCCGCCGAUCGCACCCUCGCCGCCGAUGGACACGUCCGCAUAG